UGCGAAGAAGCUUUUGGUCAGGAGCUGCACUUUUUGCUCACUGACAAGGCACUCAUAAACAGAGGCGGACCAUUCAGUCGCUCAUUUGGUUUUUUAACUCGAAAGAAGGAAGUUGCGCGGCUUCACGUUUGAAACAUUUAAUCGACUUUGGCAGAUCUCCUCGGAUCAUCUCUUAUAACAACCAUGGAUUUACACGGCAAAAAGGGGACGGCGGUGCUGCUGUGCGUCCUCAGCUACCUGGCGGCUUGGAGAGGUGUAGCUUGGACGAUGAAAGUGAUUGCUCCUCACGUAUCAUUUAGUUGCCCAGAAGGCACUAAUGUCACAUUGCCCUGCAUCAUUGUGGGUCCACUGUCUGGGCCCCACGACAAGGUGGGAAGGAACUUUCACUUCAGUGUCAAUAAGGACCCCAAAUGUCCAGAGAAGGUUCAUCCUCGUCACGCCAACGAAAUUAUUCACAAGCCUCAGCAUGGGGUCUAUUUUGGAAUAAACCACAAGGGAAAGUUUUGGAUCACACUGACCAACCUCACCCUCAUGGACCAGGGAACCUACUGCUGUAUUGUGUAUGAUGUUGCCCAAAAGUCCAAUUCCACUCAACUUCAGCAGAUCAAGCAUGCCUACAUUGAUCUCAAUGUCACCAAAUGGAAUGGCACAGGCAACGAAAACUGCAUCAUUCAUGACGCAUCGCAUAUUGAAAUGGAUCCCAAGGAAGCCUCCAUUGCAGCUGGCCUGGCAACUGCAGGAUGCAUUAUGGGGGUCCUGUCGCUGCCCUUGAUCCUCUUGUUGGUGUACAAGCAGAGGCAGAGUGUGGUUUCUACUCGGCGGGCUCAUGAACUAGUACGAAUGGACAGUGAAGCUCAAGGUCACGAGAAUCCUGUUUUUGAAGAAGUGAUGGGAGAAGCAAAGACUCGCACAGUGGCCCAGAUAAUGAGGCAGCAGUCAGAGUCGGGGCGCCACCUACUGUCUGAACCAAAUACCCCACUUUCACCUCCUGUGCAUGGAGAUUGCUUUUUUCCAUCUCAAGAACCCAUCCCAGAAUCUCCAGAUUUAGUUAAAAUCUAGAGGAUGAUGAUGAUGACCAAAACAGGCAUGAAAAAAAACGGAUUUCCAAGGAUGGACAGCCCCAAAAACAAAUUGUCUACUUCUACCUGUUUUUAUUUUUUUUAAGUUCAGCUUUUUUUACUUUCAUUUUUUUUUUAUUUUUUAACAAUGUUUAUUAACAACAA